AUGGCCACCAUCACUCACUCAUCGUCCGAGGCCCGGCCCUCAAACUACCACCUCCACUUCAAAAACAAGUCUAGCUCACCUCCGUCCCAAGCCUGUCCCACCACCACCGCCAUGCGAGCCCUAGCAGCGCGCAUUCUGAAAUGCGGUAUCUGCUUCGAAGACUUUGAAUGGUUUUCGCUCAAGGACUUGCCCGACUUCCAGGAUGACACAGAAGAUUAUAACUUCAUCACCACCGAUGCACUCCCACUCCUGCCCCGCAUCGCCGAGAAGCCAAUCUCGAUCCUUUCUGGCCAUGCGCACGGUCGGACCGGCAGCUCUCGGCAGCGUCGUGUGCGCUUUACGGGUGCUCUUUUCGGUGGACGGAGUGUCCUGCGCGAGGAGCAAGAGGCACUCGCCGCCGCCUCUGCUGCCGCAGUCGCCGCGUCAGAUGUGAAUGCUCUGUUCGAGCCAGAAAAGCCAGUGUCGUUGAAGCUGGGGUCCUCGUUGCACUUGGAGCAGGACCACGCGUUCUGUAUGGAGUGCUCUAUGCGGUAUAUUGAUACACAGGUCAAGGCGCAUGCGUGGCCGGUUGUUUGUCCGAAGGAGAAGUGCGGGGAGAUGGUUUCUGCGUUCGCGGUCGAGGCGCUUCUAGGGGAUGAUGCUGUCAAGUGGCAUGCUUUGGGACUCGAGUAUGCUGUCAAGAAGAAGAUCUAUUGCCCAAGUCUUACUUGUGGGAUGCUGAUUGAUGGAGAGCUCAACGACGGGACUAAGCCUGUCGACCAUCAUUGCCCCUACUGCAUGGAGCCCUUCUGUGCCAUGUGCUUGGCUCCCGCCCACAAAGGCAACAACUGUGACAAGCGACAAGACAAGAUUUUUGAAAACCUAGCUGACGCAAGCAAGUGGAAAAACUGCCCAACCUGCAACCAGAAGAUCGAGAAGUCGUCAGAGCUGCUGAGGGUGCCAGAGACGGCAACGCCGGAACAGAUUCGAGAGGCCUACAAGCGGGAGGCGUUGAGGACACACCCAGACAGGACUACCAACAUCGGAGGCCCCGACGGUGAACGACCCCUGUCCAAGGACGAAGCCACCUAUCUUUUCCAGCAAGUCGCAGACGCAUACUAUGUGCUGUCAAAUACACAGAGACGCAAGGAAUACGACAUUGCACGGCGAACGGCUCAGAACCGCGGGUCAUGGUCGACCUCGGCGACAGCACAGGGGCAGGCAGAACCUGAGACGGUCUUUGGAGGCGUCUUUGAGGAGUUACUUCGACCCGAGGUGCAGAACCCGACUUCGUUCUUUUCGCCUGUCGGGAUGGCCUCUGGAGCUGCUCUUGGAUUCAUCUGUGGCGGCAUUCCUGGUGCCCUCAUUGGAGGAUAUGGUGGAAAGACAUUGGGCCGUAUCAGGGACCAAAAGGGCGUCAGUGUGAUUGAGGCGUUUGGGCGAUUGGAACAUGCACACAAGGCUGCCAUCAUUGCUUCCUUGGCCGCCAAGAUCUUUCAAAGUCUCCAAUAG